UUCCUACUCUUUGGACGCGCUUAACAACACUAACUAACAAGCGCGAAUUUUCACGCAUUUUUUGCCAAAUUAUUCCGUUUUCCUAAAAAUAAAAAAAAACAUGCCCAAGACAAAAAAAAAGCAACAGGACUCCUCUUCAGAGAGCGACAGCGGCCCGGAGGAUCGCAAUCCGCCGGCAAGCAAGAAACCGAAGGGAUCUUCUGGCCCCGGCGAAGCUAAAUCCGCUUCCGGAGAUUCUGGUGGAGAUGGGGCCACCACUUGGACCUUGGAAGGACUUCGCCAGGUGCGAAUCAACGAGUUUCGCGGCCGCAAGAUGGUGGACAUUCGAGAGUUCUACGAGAAGAGCGGUGAAACCCUGCCGGGCAAGAAGGGCAUCUCCCUGUCUAUAAAGCAGUGGAAAAAACUUCUAGAAGUGGCGGAAGAGGUAACACGCGCCGUUGAGAAUUGAAAUAUGUUAAUUCACACUAAGCGCUAAGUCCUAUCAUAGAUAUAAUGUCUCUACACCUUGUUAACAAGCAUUUAAGAUGAAAGUACCCAGUGAAUAAACAUUAUCUUAUACGUGGA